UCGGACCAUCGUACCCAACGAGGAAUAUCUGAGUACUGUAAAGCCCAAAAUACAUAAUUAUUAGGCUAUUUCGCAAAUAAUUAGACGUCGUUUGAGAAUGUGUGCCCUGAUGUAAUGAACAUUUAUAUUAUCUUGGAGGCGGACAUCCUGAAUUUGUCACAGAAGUUGUUUAUUUUCUGAGAAGAUGUUUGCCAGACCAAUCCGUGUCAAAUCCAACACAGCAAUCAAAGGAUCAGACAGGAGAAAGCUGAAAGCUGACCUGUCUACAGCCUUUCCUUCAUUGUCUGCUGAUGAGCUGUCUGAGCUGGUUCCCAACAAAGAGGAAUUAAAUGUAGUGAAGAUUUAUGCACAUAAGGGAGAUGCUGUGACCCUUUAUGUUCUUCACAAAAAUCCACUUUUCUUUGAACUGGAGAAACGCCUUUAUCCUACAGUAUAUGUUCUUUGGCGCUACCCUGCUCUCCUGCCAACAUUCAUGACAUGGCCUCCUGUGCUGCAGAAGAUGGUUGGAGGGGCAGAUCUCAUGCUGCCGGGUGUGGUGGUGCCUUCAAGUGGUCUCCCCGAUGUGAAACAUGGCGACUACUGCUCUGUUACAUUAGUUAACAAUAGAGCUCCUGUUGCAGUUGGCACGGCUGCAGUUUCCACAGGAGAGAUGCACAGUUUGGGCAUGAAAGGAAGAGGAGUGUGUGUUCUGCACACGUACAUGGAUCAUCUCUGGGCUUUUGGAGAUAAGUCAGGUCCUCCUUCUUUACCAAAUGCAGAGUGUGACGGACAAGAGGAGUACGAAGAGGAAUAUGAGGUUAAUGAGAUGGAAAUGGAGGAAGAGGAGGUGGUGGGAAAAUGUGCGGAGGAAGAGCAAUGUCCCGGUGAAACGGUCACUGAUCAAGCCUGCUCUGGUGUUGACGCACUAAGUCUGGCUGAGCAGGAGGAAGAGAAAGGGGAAAAGGGCAAUGAGGAAGAGGAUGGUAACCAGGAUGACCAGAAAAUGCCACAAGAGACAAUGGACGCCCUGCUGUUGCAGUGUUUUCUCCAUGCUCUCAAGAGCAAGUUGAAGAAGUCAGAGCUCCCCCUGCUGACCAGUACAUUUCUCCGGAACCACAUGUUCGCCUGCUGCCCAAGCGGAAAGCAAAUUGAUAUCAAGAAAUCCAGCUACAAAAAGCUGUCCAAGUUUCUACAGGCCAUGCAGAAGCAGCAUAACCUUGUGCGAAUGAAAGAACUGACCAAGGGUGUGGAGAGCAUUGUAGAGGUCGACUGGAAAAAUCGACAACUGCGUUCCUUCCAAGUUCCCGAGGAGACAGAAGGGGAGGUUGCUCCGGUGCAGGAUGAAGGGGAAGGAGAAUCCCUGUACCAUCCUCCUGAGAUCACAACUAUGUACUCUGUGUCCUCUCGACUGGAGCCUCUGUUUCUCGAUGUACAGAAGAGGAAAGGAACAAUACUGCAGCCUGCUGAAGUGAAACAUCUUGUCACAGAGUAUGUUAAGAAGAAUGAACUGGUGGAUGAAAAUAAUAAGAACUACGUGACUGUAGACCCUAUUCUGUGUGACUGCUUGCUGGAGAGAUCAGAGUACCAGGAGAUCGGGUCCCUAAAGUGGGAUGACCUUUUUAGCAGGACGUUGGGAAGAAUGCAGGAGUGCUAUCAAAUUGUGUACCCUGGACAGAGACCCAUACAGAAGAAGGGCCACAUCGAGCCCAUAGACAUUGCUGUGUCUUCUCGAGGCUCCAAUAAGAAGGUGACCUUAAUAAAGAAUCUGGAAGUGUACGGUUUGGAUCCUGCGGUCGUGGCCACGGCUUUGCAGCGCAGAGUUCAGGCCAGCUCCGUUUUACAACCCAUCCCCGGGUCCAAGGACAAAGUCCUGGUCCAGAUCCAAGGCAACCAGAUUCAUCAAGCUGGCAAUUUGCUGCUAGAUCAUUAUCAGAUUCCUCGCAAGUACAUUAAUGGGCUAGAAAAAGCUCCGAAAGGUGGAAAGAAGAAGUAACAUUUCAACUUGCUAUACUAACCAUCUACUAUCUUUAUUGCUGCUUAACUGUAUGUCAACACAACAACGACCAACUAUUGACUAUUCAUGAACCGUUAGUAAACCUGGUUAAUUGUAAUCUUUUGUGGGAUUAUUAUUGGCUCCCAGAGAUAUUGGAGAAAGGGUACUGAUAGGAUCAAUUCAACCUCACCAGCAUUGUUUCCCUGUGAAGUGAUUUGAGAAUUUCUGGAGAGAACUCCUCUACCAGGUUAAUAGAUCAGUAUAAUCAGAUAAGCAUUAGGUUAAACUAAUCAAUUGUUUAUACCCCAUUUACGGUUUUGGACAUUUGAUGGCAUUUUUAGACAUCCACAGACAGUGGAGAGAUGACAGACAGGGAGUGAGGGCUAGAUGGGCAACAACAUGUGAAAGCUUGAUGCAAACUGUGGUUUCUACCUGGGCUGCAAACACAUUUCAAGAUCUGUACAGUAGCUUUUGUUUUGUUUAAAACACUGCAGUCAACAAAGAAAUGUAAAUAAAAAAUUACAAAAGU